AUGGCGACCGUUGUCGCUCUGGACGCCAUUAGCAAGAAUAAGCUUGAGGCAGCCGGCAAAGAAGGCGUUGUCGUUGAGAUACUCCCGCUGGGCGUCUCGAGAAAGGCCAAAAGAUUCUUGUGGGAGAAGUCCGACAAGACAUACGACCCUGACGAUACUGCCACUCUCCCGAGCGUCUUUGAUGAUCCACAGCUCGCGGGUCAGUACCAGCCUCCGGAGAACUGGGAGAAUAUCCACCGCUUCAACCCAGAUGCACGAUGGACGUGGCGCGAGGACGACAAGCUCAUGAGAAAAGUUGACUUGCGCAUCAUGAUCUGGUGCUGUGUCAUGUUCAUCGGCCUCGAGAUUGACCGCGCCAAUAUUCAGCAGGCGAUGAGCGACAACUUCCUCCAAGACUUGGGCAUGAUCAGCAAUGAUUUCAACUUGGGGCAAACCGUCUUCGCUUUAUCGUUCCUCUGUGCAGAGCUGCCAUCCCAGCUCGUCUCCAAGUGGGCUGGACCGGACCGUUGGAUCCCCGCACAGCUCACUCUCUGGUCUCUGGUCGCGACAUGCCAGUUCUGGUUGUCGGGGCGUAGUUCCUUCCUGGCCUGCCGUGCUUUGCUGGGGCUACUUCAGGGCGGCUUCAUCCCGGAUAUUAUUCUCUAUUUAUCGUACUUCUACAAGCACAGCGAGAUGGCAAUCCGGCUCAGCUUCUUCUGGCUCUCCAUGACUCUUGCCGACAUCGUGGUUGCUUUCCUCGCUGCUGGUAUUCUACGGAUGCGCGGUGUCCUGGGUUAUGCCGGCUGGAGGUGGAUGUUUCUGAUUGAAGGCCUCCUCACACUCGUUAUCGGGCUUCUCUCGUUUGGCAUGAUGCCGGCUGGCCCGACCGAGACCAAGGGGUGGCUCCGUGGAAAGAACGGCUGGUUCACGCCUCGUGAGGAGGAAAUCAUCGUGAACCGCGUUAUCCGCGACGAUCCUACCAAGUCGUCGAUGCAUAACCGGGAGCGCAUCACCCUUUCCUUGCUAUGGAAGAGCAUUUGUGACUAUCACCUCUGGCCGUUCUACCUCUUUGCCUUUUCAAACUUCCUUCCCAUUGUGCCACCCAAGCAGUAUCUCGUCCUCUCCCUGCGUACCCUUGGGUUUGACGUGCUGCACACCAACCUGCUCUCCAUCCCCAAUCAGGUCCUCGGAAUCAUUACGAUGCUCGGGAUAUCCUGGUUGGCCGAGCGCACCGGCAGGCCCGUCCUGGCGCUGCUCGUGCCACAAUUCUGGGCGUUACCCUUCCUCAUCUGGCUGCGCGUGGGCUACACGGCCGCCUCGAACCCGUGGGCAGUGUGGGCCGUCAUGACGGUGCUCUGCUCGGCGCCGCUCACGCACCCCAUCAUCGUGUCGCUCGUCUCGCGCAACAGCAACGCCGUCCGCUCCCGCACCGUCUCGGCCGCCCUCUACAAUAUGUGCGUGCAGGCGGGAGCCAUGAUAGGCGUCAACGUCUACCGCACAGAGGACGCGCCCUUGUACCGCGUGGGAAACACUGCCCUGCUUGUCGUCAUUGGCUACAACAUUGUCAUCUUUACCGGUGCCUGGUUCUUCUACCGCGCACAAAACCAGCGCCGGGACCGCGUCUGGACGGCCAUGUCCGAGGAUGAGAAGGCAGAGUAUAUCGUCAGGAAUGCGGGCGCUGGUAACAAGCGGCUGGAUUUCCGGUUCUCCCACUAG